AAGCAGGUGCAUGAACGUGACACCAGAAAGGAAGUAAAUAAAGCGCCUUCCCGCGCAGUCAAAUUAGAUCAGGAACACCUUUACACUGAAACAAAGAAAAUGGAUGAGUUGUACUUGGAUAAUAUUGACGAAUUUGUGAACGAUCACAACAAAAUAGUUACCUAUAAAUCGUUGAGUCUGACACUUGGAGUCCAUGUAAACACAGCAAAGCAAAUGCUUUAUCAUUACUUGGAGCACAAGAGGAAGGAGAGCUCACCUCAGCUGCAUGCAACCUACCUGGUAACCGGGAAGUUUGUUGACAACGGUCAAACUUGUCACAAAGUGUCGAUUGUGAGAGAAGAUCAGUUGGAAGAUUUCAAAUCAAAGAUGAGCCUGAUAGUCAGCGUUCAUGUCUACAGCGUACAGAAAGCUCUGCUGAAAGACAGCGGACCCCUUUACUCCGUCGACUAUGACGCCGUGAAAGACCAUCUAAAGAACUGCAGCAAGUACAGCGCCAUUCAGUGUUCCGGCGCCGUGCCCGUGUCUUCCCUGGAGCGGCAGCAGGCGUUGAAAGCACACAACCCUCCUCAGUCUGAGCCUGGAAACUCUGGGACCAACAGAGAAACCAACCCCGCUUCCAAGGCCCACCCCAGACCGCCAAAAGGCAUCAUGGGAAUGUUUUCAAAGAAAUCUGCAGUGAAGAGUCAGAAUACAAGCGAAGAAGUCAAACCUGAGCAGAAAGAUGAGCCAGCAGUGGUGGAUACUGCUAAAAACAAGCCAGCUGCAAAAGCCAAUCCAAUGAUGAACUUCUUUGGGAGUCAAACAGCAAAAAAAUCAGUCAAAGCCGUGAAGGAGGAAGCAGAUCAGACGUCUUCCACAUCUGAGCCGCCGCCGCCGCCGCAGCGUAAAAGUCCUCAACCCUGUGAAAAGUUUGACGGUGCAGCAGUGCAGACCCAAAAAGACCCCAGAAGCAAAACCAAGAGAGCGGAAGACGAAGACAGUGAAGAGGACAAGAUGGACAAGAAGAAGAGGCGGAGGAUUAAGAAACCAGAACCAGACAGCAGUGAUGAAGAAGUCGUUCCGGAUUCCCCACAGCCCCAAGAGACUCUAACUAGAGAGAGAAGUCCUAAAAAAGAAACGGAAACUGUUCAGCCGUCAAAUGGUCACUCUGGGGCGAAGGUGAGGAAGAGGAGACGGGUCCUGAAGUCUCGCACAUAUCUGGACGCUGAUGGGUGUAUGGUCACAGAAAAAGGCUUUGAGAGUGAAUCGUACUCUGAAUCCGAGGAGGAUUUCCAAGCCCCCAAAGCGGCUCAGACGGCGCCGUUUAAGGCCAAACCAAACCCGGGGAGCAAAGAGGACGACAAGAAAAUUCAGAAAAAAGCUCCGGCCAACUCCAACAAAGGAGGAAAACAAGCUUCUAUUAUGGGAUUUUUUCAGAAGAAGUGAGAACAUUUGCCCAGAUCCGCUGGAGGAGGUCAGUUUUGUUGGUGUGGACUCACUGCUCACACAUGGACAGUUUGAAAAACAAAACAAAGCCUGGAAAACCAUUUUUAUAUCCUUUCUGUCUCCUGCUGUAAACACACGGGAUAAUCAAUAAACUCUGAAAAUAUUGUGUGA